AUGUCACAGAAAAGAAAGUUCCUGAGGCUCGCAAGUCCCAAUGAAGUCCGCACAAUCAGUCGUGAGGCCGUUGGUUAUUACAACGCCCUCCUCAUAGCAGCAGUCUACGAGGUUGCAAGUGAAGAUGUAGACAUCAGAUCUGCUGAAACCUUCAUUUCUCCUUUAAAACAAUGCAUCCAGGAGCACCCAUUCCUGAGUGUGGUCAUCAAGGACAAACAUACCGAAAAGCCAGCUUACGAAGCGGUUUCGAGUAUUAAUAUCGAGGACCACGUAUCCAUACUCCACGAUGAGCACCCUGAUGGUGAGACAGCAGCUAUUCAAAGGGUCCUGCCACCAAUACUCGACCGGCCAUGGCCUGCCGACAUACCUCUGUGGCGAAUCGUCGUCCUCCCUCUGGCCUCGCACGGCUUGGUGAAGCGCUGCUUUGUAGCCUUUUCAUUUUCCCACUCCCUCGGAGACGGUAUGAUCGGAAUUACAUUCCAUCGUACUUUUCUCGAUACAUGGCGGCAGACCACUGGUGCGGAGGACAAAGAGUGGUUGGUUAUGACUCCACCAGAUAUAACGCUCCCGGCGCCCUUCGACACCCCUGAAAGACUUCCCAUAUCUUGGAAGUUUCUUCUGGGACCGUUGCUAGCAGUGUAUUUGCCAAAUUUCAUGAACGAACUACUCGGACUCCGUGCAGCCGCCAGCACAAUCGAGCCCGGUACCUGGAUCGGCUCGCCCAUGUUCUUCGACCCAGUGUCUGAACUGCCUAGCAGAGUGCAAAUCCUCGAGAUCGAAGCUUCGCUGGUCCAGAAGGCCCUGCAAGCAUCCAGAAGCCACGACGCAAAACUCACCGCAACGAUGCACCAGCUGAUCGUUCGGGCAUUGAGCAAGGCUAUUCCUAACCGCGACAUAACCAAGUUCGUCUCGGGGACAGCUGUUGACAUGCGAUCGUCUAUUGGUAUCCCACCCUAUACAUGGGGUCUUUUCGUGUCUGGUCAUUAUGAGGUCCAUCCUCGUGUAUUUGAGACGGGGCCUGCGUUAUCAGAUGAGAUGUGGGCUGCGGCGAGUUCGAUCACGAAAAGACUCGCUGAAUGUCGCACGAGGCUGCAUGAUCAAGCUAUCGGUCUGCUGCGAUAUGCUCCCAGUAUCAGAAACUGGACUCUGGGUAAAAUUGGGCACCAGCGGGAUUGUUCAUUCGAAGUGAGCAAUCUGCUUGCUUUCGAUGGUGGUGGAAAUGCCAAUUGCAAUAUCAGCAAGAUGUUGUUUUCGCAGCCUACUAAUGUGCUCAGUGCACCCCUUGUGUUUAGUAUUAUCACUGUUAAGGGGGGUAGCUUGGUGUGCACUGUGAGUUGGCAAGCUGGAGCAUUGAAUGUGCCGAUAGCGGACGAGAGACCGUUGGUUGAUGAGGUUUGCUCAUCGUUUCGAGCGGGCUUUGAAGCCUUGAGUGUUUGA